AUGUCCAUUCGAGCCACCGACAACAGGCAGCACCAUCGCCAGCUGGUGACCCUGGAAGGGAAGGAAGUACAAGGGCUCCGAGAUUCCGGAGCCACGCUAACCUUGAUCGCACCUCACCUGGUUUCAGGUUCCGCUCACACUGGCGGAUCAGUGGCCGUAAGGGUGGCAGGGGGAGCAGUGUACCGACUACCCACUGCUAAAGCUCCACACCAGGAAGCUCAUCCAGUGACCACACGGCAGCAGGCUCGCAUCACGGCUCCACUAGCACACUCUGAGGCUCAGGUAAAAGACCAUGACCCCCACACGAUACGUAUGUCCUGGGAUACCCCAACUACAUUUGAGGCAGAGUUCCGGGACCGUCUGGAGGCGCUGACUCAGACUGUGCGCACCAACCUCCGGGCGGCCCAGCAGCGCCAGCGCCGAUGGUACGAUAGGGGAGCCAGAGACCGCAGCUUUCAAGUGGGGCAGAAGGUUUUGAUUUUAAAACCCGUCCGCACAGACAAGCUGCAGGCCAUCUGGCAAGGCCCGUACCAGGUGGUGGAACAGAGAUGUGACACCACCUAUGUGAUUGGCCCCUGCUCAGGGGUAGGGAAGAGACGCAUGCUCCAUAUAAACAUGCUCAAACCCUACCAUGAGAGGAUAGAGGACGUGGCGGCGAUAUGCGCCUCAGCCUCUGAGGAUCAGGAGAAUCUGCCCCUACCUGACCUAUUAGAACAGGAAGAACAGACAGAGCCCUCCAAGGGGGUUCGGCUGGGGGAGCGGCUAAGCCCUCAGGAGCGUGCCCAGGUACAAGAGCUGAUUGUAGCUAAAGGGGCUACCUUCUCCAAUUUGCCUGGGUACACUCCGCUGGCCACCCACCGAGUCGAAACCCCGGGACAGCUACCUAUGCGGCAGACUCCAUAUCGCGUCCCUGAAGCAGUCAGAACCCAUAUGAAAACUGAAAUUGACGAGAUGUUGCAGCUGGGGGUUAUCGAACCUUCCGAUAGCCCCUGGGCAUCGCCGGUAGUGCUGGUACCCAAGAAGGACGGCACGACACGUUUCUGUGUCGACUACCGGAGGCUAAAUGACAAAACGGUGUCUGAUGCCUAUCCGAUGCCUCGGAUAGACGAGCUGCUGGAUAAUAUGGCACGGGGCCAGUAUCUCACUACCAUAGAUCUAUGUAAGGGAUACUGGCAGAUUCCACUAGCCGAGGAUGCCAUCCCCAAGUCAGCGUUUGUCACCCCGUUUGGCCUGUAUCAAUUUCGGGUCAUGCCAUUCGGGAUGAAAAACGCUCCGGCAACUUUUCAGCGGAUGGUCGAUCGGUUACUGGACGGAUUCCAGGAAUACGCCUGUGCCUACUUAGAUGACAUUGCUAUAUUCAGCCAGACCUGGGCAGAGCACCUACAACACAUAGGGGCCAUCCUAGAUCGUAUUGGAGAGGCAGGAUUAACGCUGAAACCCAGCAAGUGUCAUAUAGGGAUGGCCGAAGUGCAGUACUUGGGCCACCGGGUGGGGAGCGGGCAACAGAAACCGGAACCAGCUAAAGUGGAAGCUGUAGCUAAAUGGCCCACUCCUAGGACAAAAACCCAAGUGCUAGCGUUUCUGGGUACCGCAGGGUACUAUAGAAAAUUUGUGCCCAAUUAUAGCGCCCUGGCCAAACCCCUGACUGACUUGACGCGUAAGAAUCUUCCUCGACAGGUUGUCUGGGCCCCAGAGUAUCACAACCCGUUGGUGUGGCUAAACCGUGUGGCUGGAGACAAUGCCCGGCUGCUGCGCUGGAGUCUGGCGCUGCAGCCGUAUGACUUUACCAUCCACUACCGCCCAGGGAAACAAAUCGGUGAUGUGGACGCUGUCGUCGAUGUGCCAGGAAUCACCGGGAGAUCGGUUCUAUUAGCAGUGAAUCCUCCGCCCCCAGAAAAUUCUGGUUUGACCUGGAUUUUUAAGAACCAGAUUGUGGCUAAUAAUCUUCCUCCUCCUCCUGUUUGUGACGAUCAUUUGAUAGGAAAAUGUCAGUUUUAUGAGAACGGAUCCCUGAGAAUCGACAGCGUCUCCUCCGCUAAUGAAGGGAAUUAUACUCUGACUGUACGAGCUUCGGGUUCUACAACAACUGAACGUACAGAAUACCGGCUCCGGGUGUACGCUCCUCUGGAUAAACCCGUCCUCAGGAUUAGAAUGGACUCCAUGUAUGUCGUUAAUGGCACCAAUGUGACCCUCCUGUGUGAUGCCGGUGGUCAGACUGUGACUACUUACACCUUCUACCGAGACCAGACGCCUAUAUGCAUCGGGCCCCAUGUCUUCUGCAGCGGAUCAUCCCUGGACUUCACCCCGAUAUCUGAGAUUUACAAUGGGCACUACACCUGCCGCAUCGAGAACCCGGUCAGCUCCAACCUCAGCGACCCCAUCAAUGUGACCGUAUCAUAUCGUAUAUCGGAUAUAUCACUGACGGUGAACACAUCAGCACUGGUUUGGCCGGGAUUAGACUCAGUGUCUCUGCGCUGUUCGGCUCGCGGUACAAAUGUCAGCUACUCCUGGAGCCUGGACGGGGCGGCCCUGCCUCCGGAGCCACAUUACGUGCUAAGUGCAGAUAGAAGCGUUCUCACCAUCAGCCCGGUGUCUUCUAAGGAUAAUGGAUCCUUCACCUGUACAGCCGCGAACAGUAUAAACAACCUGACGAGCCCCGAAGUCCUCCUCCACCUCGGCUCCCCGGUCUCAGCAGUGACUCUGAGCAGUAACGCGUCCUCCGCAGAGCUCUGGGCAGGACAGGACUCGGUGUCUCUCCAUUGCUCAGCUCAGGGUUCAGCCAUCACCUUCACAUGGAGCCUGGAUGGAAAACCAGUGUCCUCAAAGCCUCCAUAUUACAUUACUGAGAGCAAGUCUCCUCCGUACUCCAAUCUGACCUUCAGCCCGGUCUCCGGGACCGACGGUGGACCCUUCACCUGUACAGCAUCCAACCUGCUGAAUAGCUCCACCAGCAAUGAUCUCAGCUUCAAUAUCAACUGGCGCCCGGAUGGAGAAAUGUCUUGUCCGGUAACUUCCAAUGGGGAUAUUUUGAGCCUUGUCUGCUCUUGGGAAAAUGGUCGACCUCCCGCCAAUGUGACGAUGACACUUAACGACACAACAGGGAUGAGUCCAAACAUCGUGACCAGGAAUGUGUCCUCCAAGACUCUGAUCUUGGGCUCAGUCCUCAACUGCACUGGUGAUCAGCUGGGGAAGACGUCAAUCUGUCAGAAGAUCCUGGAGCCUCCAUAUUCUCCAGUACAUAAUAAUACAAUAGAAGUAGUACCAGAAGGAGGUAGUGUCACCCUGACUUUAUAUGUAACGGCGAGACCUACUUACCGUAUACCUUCUAAGAUCCUCCCGGCGACCUUCACCUGGUAUAUGAACAAGACGGAAAUAAAGAGCGGUGUCACCUCCACAAAUUAUUCAUCCACCCUCCACAUCUCCGAGGUGACACAGGCGAAUUCUGGAAGAUAUGAAUGUACCACCAGAAAUGUGAUCGGGAGCGAGACCUUCAUCUUCAAUGUCAACGUGACUGCAAAAGUUGUUCCUCCUAAAAAUGGCCUUAGUGGUGGUGAAAUCGCCGGCAUCGUCAUCGGCAUCCUCGCUGGGCUGACCAUUAUUGGGAUCAUCGUCUUCUUCAUUGUGAAGAAAAGGUCGCAUACUGGUGACGCUGCACGGAACAUUUAUGAAAAUGCAGAUUUCAGACCAGACCUCACCUACGAAACUAAACUGCCGGGAGCGAUGGUCACUCCAGCAACACAAAAGAAGGAAGAAUCUAAUUAUCAGGAACUCAUGCCUCAUAAUGAAGCAGUGUACCACAAUGUGCUGCCCGGCCCCCGACGAUGAGUGCGUUUUUGAACACCUUAAAGAAGAUCUCCAGCAAAACACAACUGUUCAUCGCUGCAGCCCCCACCUGAUGGCGCUCUGCACUCUCUUCUGAGACAGUCAUGCUACUGGACACUGCUAAUCGUUGGCUUGCAUGGUGCUAAAGAUCUCAGCUUGUUAUGGGCAGACUCCAUAGUAGUGUGAUGUGAAGCCCCCCUGUUAUGUGUCUUAUUAAAUCCUGGAGGCUGGCUGUUCUUUCACCAGACUUCUAACAUUCAGCAUGGCGCGUGUCUGUC